AUGUGGGUCUACAGUUGUAGACUAGAAUGGUAUCGGAGUGAUAUCAUACUGAAACGCCGGCCAUCAUCACGCUACUCCACGGAGCAAGAUAGAGAGAAGAGUGGCAGAAGACGUCGGGGUCACAAGACUGUCCCUAGUAAACUCCCUCAGACGAACGAAAACAUCGACGUGAUUAUACAAGAAUUAGAAUUCGAACCCAAUCUGAGUGAUGGAAGAGACAUUUACCUCAAGUCCUCUGCAAAGAAACGCAAGAACAGCACGACCAAGGUUCCUUCACAAUGUCUUCAAGAAGAUGUGUCAAAUGCGGGGUCUCCAAGAGAACACUAUGAUGACGAGUAUAAUGGUCUUAGUUAUCGUACAAUCAAAUAUGGAGGAGGCAGGAAACGAGGUAGAGAAACCAACAACGAGAACAUCGCGAUGAAGAUAAGUAAGCAUGUUCCUAUCGACACUGUUGAUAACCAUUUCACAACAUUGCCCCCAAAAAUUUUAAACAAAAUUCUGAAUGAAGUAAACAGGAAGGUGUUUCCGAGAGGGAGACGAUAUUUGCGCUUGAUAUGGUCAGAGAAUAGGGGAAACGUCAGAUCUGAGGCAAUGGAAUCGAUCCGCGCGAAAAAUAAACAUGAAACCGACAAAGCAACUGAACAGGGUGAACAGCACCGACCACAGGUUAAUAUUGUCUCUGGUGAAGACGAACAGAUGGAAGAUGAUGAAGAGCAAGGUGAAGUGAUUGUUGAGGGGGGACAGGAUGGGAAUGGUUCGGAGGAAGCGCGUGAUGCUCAUGAACUUGAAGUUGACGAUGCAGGUAGAUAUUUUUGCAGCAAUGGUAAUGGGAUAGCUGUUGGCGAAAAUAGCGAUUCAGGGAAAGAUGAUGAGGAGGAACCGAUGGAAGUGGAAGAGCAAGUUGAAGUGAUUGUUGAUGGGAGGCAUGAUGGGUAUGGUUUUGUGGAAGCACACGGUACACAAGAACUUGAGGUGGUCAUUGCUGAUAAACAUUAUAGCAGCAAUGGCAAUGAGAGAGUUGUUAAUGACUCCGGCUCACAGGGGAGACAUGUAGACGAGGAUAUGAAUAAUGUUAGAGUUAUUGAGGUUCAAACGACCAGUUCUCAGGUAGGAGUUAAUGUCGAUGAUGUAUAUAAAAGUGGAGUUAUUGAGAAAGAUGGGCAUGGUGUACAUUCGAAUGUGAGUGACAGGGGAGGUGGUAUCAAUGAGUCUCAGUGGAUCUAG